GGCCUACGAAAACCUAAUUGGGCCAGGGGAAACAAAAUUUUAUUUAACAAAUUUAUUUAAAAAAAAAGAGUGAUAUUAAUAUCUUUACGUGUAGAGAAGUCCGAUUAGCAGGCUAAGAAUCAAGGGGGGCUUCAUCAACAUCACUACAUUCUAGGGCGAAAACAGCAGAGAAAUCGAGAAAGCAAGAUGGCAGGGUUACAGAGAUCAGCAGUCUCAUUCAGAAGGCAAGGAUCAUCAGGUCUGAUCUGGGACGAUAGAUUCUUAUCAGGCGAACUGAACCGGUUUCCGGAAGGCAAACCGCCUGCAUCUUCCGACGCCGAUCAGGUUCCGACGACUGGAAAUGAUCAGUCAAAAUUUUCGAAAACCACAAUUCAAUCCAUCAACACCGUUCGCCGGAAUCGAUCUAAUAACGGCGGUGAACGAGCGUCCACGGCGACGGAGCCGUCUUCACCGAGGAUUCCGGUGUGUGGAUUUUGCAGCGCUUUUGGUAAGUCUAACAAAACCCAUACACGAACCGUCUCCCGUAAGCGUAGCUUUGCUUGAUUGCUUAUGCGAUCGAUGUCUUCCGUCGCCGCCGCAUGAGGCCGACGAUUUGGAAGUAAUCUUUAGAAAACUGUAAAAAAUCGGUUGUUUUCGUGAACAUCACGAAUUGCUUUGAUCGUUGUGUUACGUGAAUUCAAUUGAUAAUAACGAGGCGUAAGUUUGUAAGAUUUUGUUUA